CUGCCCUGGUCUGUGCCUUUAGAAGUGUGACAUUCAUCAGUGCUGGGCUCAGCUGGCUGCGCGACAAGCAAUAUCAUCACACAGCCAAGAUGGUGGCAUUUAACUGGAAGGCUUUGGAGAACUUCCCAUUGCUGAUGUACAUUUUGGCAGCUAAAACGUUGAUUCUUUGCUUAGCCUUUGCUGGAGUAAAAAUGUACCAGAGCAAAAAAAUUGAAGAAAGACUGAAGAGGGAACGUGAAGAGAAAUUGAAAACGGAAGCAGAGAAGAAGGAUGAUUGAAGAGUCUUUCAGAUUUCCUGACAUUUGGCAUCUUGCACUGGAUUCCUUUCCUGGGAGAACGAAGCCUUCCUGUACAUGAAGGAUGCGUCAAAGGAAUAAAACCCUCAAAAGUUACAUUCACUUAAACUGUAUCUCAGCGUUUUAUACAUACAGCAAAAUACCUAAGCCUCUA